AUUUUUUUGAGAAAAUUUGUAACCAAACAUGUUUUUGAAAAUUUUCUUCUAAAGACAUGUUUCAAAACACAAACCAAACACACCCAACAUUUCUUAAGCCACACGAUUUAUAGCAUUUUUAUCUUAUUUGAAACCUUUAAAUACGUAUAGACAAAAGUACCCCAUCUUUUUGUCUUUGUUAUAACUUUCGAGAGCAUUAUAAAUAUUUACAAAACAAAAAAAAGAAGCUAUGUGACAACUUACUUAACCUGUUUAUGAAAAGCUGCACCAAACAUAUUUACAACUUAUUUUAAUUCUUUUAAGCUAAUGAUCCAAAAAAAAGAAAGUUUAUUUGUAAAUGAUACCAGACGGGGUCAUUAUGAUUUGUUUGAUUCUUCUUGUAUGCUAUUUAUUCUGAACUUAUUAACAAGCUCAACGAAUAUAAUCUGGCUGGUUAUUUGCACUGGCAGUGCUGCUGUAUUUCACAAUGCAAGCACGAGAUUUUCUGAUGGCGCUCGUUUUGGACUAGGCGCAGAGGUCGGGAUAAGUACAAGUCGGAUACAUGCUCGUGGUCCAGUAGGAGUUGAAGGAUUGCUAACAACACGAUGGAUCGGUAGAGGAAGCGGGCAAGUGGUUGAUGGUGAUAAAGGGGUGAUCUAUACUCACAAAGACCUCUCUCUUCAUGCUUGAGUUCAUGGAAAUGCUUUGUCGAAACACAACCAUCGGAGCUAUUUUGUUGUUAAAGGUAUUAUCAGAUGAUCAGAUAAAGUGAGCAAACUCGUCAGCAGGCCUUUUAAGUUGAAAAAGAGAUCAAGAGAGUAUAUUAUCUGUUUUUGCUCCAUCAACAAAUGUACCAUUAUGUGCAACAAUUGUUAUAUUUGUUUUCUUAACUUAAAUAAUUUAAAUUAUUGCCAAAUUUCCAUGAAUUCUAGGAUGAAUAACUUGUACCUCUAUGAAAAUAACUCAGAAAUCAGACUUUGGAAGAGUUAUUGGAGGGUGAUACAUACACUUUUGAACAGUUGAGUCAUUUAAUUGAAUUUCAGGUUCAUGUUCAUGUGA